AGAUACUCCCCCCUCAUUCAUCGAAUGCGGAGUAUCCGGAAAUCUGGAAUAUAUAUGUAGCGCUUUCCAAGCGGACGCGAACGUGGAUUAUUGUCAUUCUCUGUGGAAUAUAUAUUCACUGCCAUAUAAUUCUCCUCAUCCUGGGCCGGGUAGAUCCACUCCGCGUCUUCUUCCCCACGCAUCUCUCCAUAUCCUCCUCCUCUGAUCCAUAACUGUCUCUGGCAAUGGCCGCUCUUCCGACGCUCCUAAUCGCGGUCCUCGUCGCGCAUCUCUGCAAUCUGCACGCUCUCGCAGGUCAUUCUCCGGCUCCGGCUCCACUAUCCGGACCACACGCCGAUUCUCCGCCGCCUGCUUUCCGGUCUCCUUCGCCUUCCCCAAGCGACGCCGCAGAUCGCGCUCCUCCGGCGCCUCCUCCGCUAAAAUUCAACGUUUCUGCGUCGCCGGCUCCGGCACCUGAUCCGGAUGCGGUGAACGACGUGAGCCACGCGGACGUGGAAGAGGCGAGUGGAACUACCGGCCGUGGAAUGAGCGGAGGGAGGAAGGCUGGCAUCGCCGUUGGAGUGAUCGCCGGCGCGUGUGUCGUGGGGAUCGGCGCCGUCGUUUACAAGAAGCGUCAGCGGAACAUUCUCCGAUCGCGGUACGGGUACGGCGGCGAGAGGGAGAUGGUGUAAGGUUCGUACGAGUUGGGGAAAUUGAAAAAUCACUUUCAUAUGCAUUUACCAAGUGUAUUUGAAAUUUACGGGGCAGUACUAUUUACUGAUAUGUUGACCAUUGUUGAAUUCACUGUUUUGGAACUUGGGAAGGGCGAUGAUUUGCAGUACCGUUCGUUAUUGACUUUCAAAUCUUUGACUGAACUUUUUACUCAGUUCUCGUACGGCUUAUUGGAAAUG